UCAAGUCACAGCUACAAAGUGCACACAAGCACGUAGGCUACUGUACAGCCUACACAUACAUAGCCAACAUAGCAACCAUCAAAUAAUCUCUGAACAUGGAUGAGUUAGAUUUACUCCUUGAAGAAUUGGCUCAGACCUCUGACAAAAGUACAAUUGCCCCUGGAGCAGUUGUUAAGACGACAGUGGUGUCUACGAACACAGAAACAAGGAACAGUGGAUAUGGGAUUCCAACACCAGCUCACACAAGAACAGGACAGCCCUCUGCCAGCAAUGUUUACAGUAAACCAUCAGCUCAAGGGGCCAGUGAACCAAUGAGUCCAGCUACAGCCACCCGAGAGCUGGACUCCAUCAUGAAAGAGCUGCUGGGACUGGAUCUGGAGGUCCCAGAAACAGGGUCUCCAUCAGCCCCACCACCUCUCGCUCAGAAAGAGAGACGGAGUGUGAAAGAUAAGACAGAGAGGAGUGUGGAAGUAUCGGUCGACACGUCAAAGUCACCUGAGACAUGCACAGACGUAGCCAAGCCAAAGAAGACUGAUGCCAUUGAUGAUCUUCUGGGGGGCCUCAGCUCCGACAUGGAGAAGAUGGGGGUUCGCACCACUGCCAAGGGCCACUGUGCUUCCUGUGGCAAGUGCAUUGUUGGAAAGAUGAUUACGGCUCUGGGGCAGGUGUGGCAUCCUGAGCACUUUGUGUGCUUCGAGUGUAAACAGGAGCUGGGCACAACAGGUUUCUUUGAGAGAGAUGGCAAACCCUACUGCGAGAAAGACUACCAGGACAUCUACUCACCCAAAUGUGCCUACUGCAAAGGCGCCAUUGUGCAUAACAUCCUGACUGCUAUGGAUCGUACCUGGCACCCAGAACACUUCUUCUGUACCCACUGUGGAGAGGUGUUUGGAACAGAUGGGUUCAUGGAGAAGGAGGGGAAGCCGUACUGCACCAAAGACUUCUAUCAGCUCUUUGCACCCAAGUGCUCUGGCUGCAGCCUUCCGGUGAAGGAGAACUACCUGACAGCCGCCAAUGGCGUGUGGCACCCGGACUGCUUUGUCUGUGCCGACUGUUUGCAGCCUUUCAAUGAUGGGUGUUUCCUUGACAUGGACGGUCGCCCCUUGUGCUCCCUGGACUUCCACAAGCGGCAGGGGACGCUCUGCGGGAGCUGUGGAGCUCCCAUCACCGGCCGCCUCAUCGCCGCCAUGGGCCACAAAUUCCACCCCGAGCACUUUGUCUGCGCCUUCUGCCUCCGGCAGCUCAGUCAGGGUGUGUUCCAGGAGCAGGAGGGCAAGCCGUACUGCAAGGGUUGCCACGGGAAACUGUUCAUGACAAAGUGACACAGUGCUGUUUUUAUACCCACAGGAAAUCAGUUGGGUUUGGUUAAGUUGAUGUUUGAGUUUGAUGUUGAGCUGAACUUGAGUUUCAACAAACCAUCUGGUCUCUUUGUAGAUUGACUGUCGAAGUAAAGUUUCAUCAAUCCUGUAGGCAUUGUGUUCUAUGGAUGGGAGAGGAUUUUGAUUCUGCAAUAUUCUCCUUUUAAUGAUUCUGGCUGGAUUUUCUUUUACUUUUUGGAUACUAUAGCUAUAGCUACUCUAAAUCAAAUUACACCAGAUAAACUGCUUGCUGCUAAUGUAUAGUACAAAAGACACAUAGUGCUAAAAUCACCAACAUGGAAGCAUAGUAGCCUAAUAAUAAAUGUAAUAAAGGAUUGUAAAGUUACACUAGUCAUUAAUUUCCCCUUUUAUUGUUUUUCAUUAUUGGUUUAGCCUAUAACAAACCAACAGAGAGGACUAAAGGACAGCCAGAACACAUGACUCUUUUCCCUCAGCUACCACUGCUGCUGGUGCUCUUCGGCUCUUAUUAUUUCUGCUACCACAAUCACUAGGCCUACUACAUGUUACGAGCGCAAGAGAAACAAAAAAUGCAGAGGUAAUAGCAUUGAUGUCAUGACAAUUAGAUUGCCUUCAGACGUCCUGUGCCUGUCCAGUUUGUCCACUUGGCGUGCGGUGCACUGAUCUAAAGAAUUUUUUAGAUAUCAGUGGUGGGGAGUCCCACGGCAUUCCGACUGCAGUUCAUCAUAAGCCUUGCUGUAUAGCCCUGACAGCUCUCUCUGGCACUCGGUGACUUGUAAUCCACCAGGCCACGGCCACGCCAGGGUCUCUAGUGCCGGGCGAACCACCCCAUCAAGAUGACAGCAGGAAUUAGAGGGCAAUUUGCCUCUGCACUUUCAAUUAUCUAGUCUGCCGGACAAAUUUCAGGCUGCCGGAGAUGUGGCCAAAUGUGCAAACAGCAAUCAGGAAACAGCCUGCAGGUGUUUUGAUUAAACACAUUUAAUGAGGCUGAGACAUUUAAGUGUGAGCUAUUGUUUCCUUGCCAUGUUGGAAUAAACCGAAAAUACUUCCCAAAA